UUUAUAUUUUUUAAUUUCAGAUUGCAAAAUUAAUUGGUAUAGUAGAGGUGGGUAGUUCUUGUAUGAAACAAUUACAAGUUGGCAAAAGUUAUAUUGGAAAAAUUAAGUUCCAUCUUUCUUCAGCUAUAUUCAUCAAAAUGGAUUCUGAUUUGAUUGUUACAGAAUUUACUGAUUCAAAUAAUAGAAAUAUGAAAAAUAAGUUAGUGAAGAAAAGAGAUGAUUAUCUUCAAUGGUCAGAUUAUUUUAUGUCAAUUGCCUUUCUUUCUGCUAUGAGAAGUAAAGAUCCAAAUUCUCAGGUGGGUGCAUGUAUAGUUAAUCCAGAAAAGAAAAUUGUUGGUAUUGGUUACAAUGGAAUGCCAAAUAGAUGCAAUGAUGAUGAGCUACCUUGGGGAAGAGAAGGACCUUUCCUUGAAACUAAAUAUGCUUACGUUUGCCAUGCAGAGAUGAAUGCUAUUAUGAAUAAGAACACUGCUGAUGUCAAAAAUUGUACCAUUUAUGUUGCUUUGUUUCCAUGUAAUGAGUGUGCAAAAUUAAUUAUUCAGUCUGGAAUUAAAGAAGUUGUUUAUCUGUCAGAUAAAUAUCACAAGGAACCAAGUGCAGUUGCAGCUCGCAAACUUUUUGAUAUGGCUGGAGUUACUUACAGGCAACACAUUCCCGCCAAAAUGAAGAUCGAAAUUAACUUCGAAGAAUUCGCCAAAUCUCCUCCGAAACCGUCUAAUAAAUAAACUUUUUUCGAAAACGGAGCGACGCGACUAUAAAAGUAUUUUCGUACGAAAAUAUUGGAUCAAACUGGAUUAUUCGUAUGGAUCAAUCCAAACUGCAAGGAUUAAGAACGUAUCAGAAACUAUCAGUUGUUUAAACAAUAUUUGGAAAAUUGAGAAGAAUUAUUAAAAUAAUACUUUCAUUUAUUCGAAUUUAAAUUCACACGUAAAGUUAUAAUUUGUAUAUUAAGCGUAACAUUAAAUAUAUAUAUAUGUUCAACUUUCGUUUCUUAUUUCUCAAAUAUGUUACGAGAAUAUUCUGUUUAGUAAAAUACAUCUAAUUUUUUCAUUGAAAAUACCUAAAAAUUUGCAUAAAAUUCUGUUUAAAAAAGCAACUAGUUAAAGCAAAAUAACUAAACUUUGGUUAAAUUAUUCCCAUUUUUAGAAGGUCUACAUAUAGAAUAGGACGAGGAAGAUUAACAUAACCACAACAAAGAUAGAUGAUAAAUUUAAAUUAUAAGAAUGUAGAAAGAAGGAUGGUCAAAAAGAUAUAAUUAAAAAUGUAACUAAAAUUAUAAAAUGAAAGCUUAAAAAUAUUACUUUAAUAAAUUUCGAUACUGUAAAGAAUUACAAAAAAAAAAGAACAUAUUUAAGAUACAAAUCAAGAAAACUCUUUUCCUGAUUUAAUACUAUCCGGU